AUGACGGAUUCCUCUCGCGAGAAUGAGAUUCGCUCACUGGCGCAGUCUCUCUCGCGAAUUGCGACUAACGAUUCCGGUGUCUCGAGGCAUGUGGUCUCAGAGAAUAUCGAGUUGACCGAUGUCAAUUCGAAAGACAUUGUGUCCACAAACCAGACUUCCCACGCCCCCGGCACCCCACCAAUCUCGAACACGGUCGAGAAGGGGCCAGCCAACCUCACGCAGACCACGUCUGCUUCUACCACCGAUGGAAUCAACACCUUCCUGAACCCAGAACAGGAUCCAGAGCUCAACCCGAACGAUACCAGGAACUUCAACGCUCGAAAGUGGUGCAAGAACUUCCUGCAAAUGAUCCUGCGAGAUCCCGCACGCUAUCCACGUCGUAGCGCAGGGGUGUCUUUCCGCAACCUCAACGUCUUUGGUUACGGCACUGCUGCCGACUACCAAACCGACUUUGGAAACGCCUGGCUGAAGAUGGGAUCCUGGAUCAAGGGCCAGUUGGGGAUGCGCGAGAAAAAGCGCAUCGACAUUCUCCGGGAUUUUGAAGGCAUGAUCCACGAGGGAGAGAUGCUCGUAGUCCUUGGGCGACCUGGAAGCGGGUGUUCAACUUUCUUGCGAACAAUCGCCGGUGAGACCCACGGUCUGUACCUCGCAGAUGGCUCAGAUAUUGAGUAUGAGGGAAUCUCGUGGCAGAAGAUGCAUGGCCGCUUCCGUGGUGAAGUGAUUUACCAGGCGGAAACAGAAACCCACUUCCCCAUGCUGACCGCGGGAGAGACCCUGCUAUUUGCUGCCCUCGCGCGCGCACCCAGCAAUCGUUUGCCGGGGGUGACACGCGAUCAGUAUGCACAGCACAUGCGAGACGUUGUCAUGGCCAUGCUAGGCUUAACUCAUGUCAUGGACACAAAAGUAGGCAAUGACUUUGUGCGUGGAGUGUCCGGAGGUGAGCGCAAGCGGGUCAGCAUCGCGGAGGCCACUCUGUGUGGAAGCCCCCUGCAGUGUUGGGAUAACAGUACUCGUGGUCUUGACAGUUCCACCGCACUGGAAUUUGUGAAGAACCUACGCUUGUCCACCGAAUACAGCGGGACCACCGCUGUGGUGGCUAUCUAUCAGGCCAGCCAGUCCAUCUAUGACAUCUUCGACAAAGCUGUCGUGCUGUACGAAGGCCGUCAGAUUUACUUUGGUCGUGCUGAUGAUGCCAAGCGUUUCUUUGUCGACAUGGGCUUUGAGUGUCCAGAUCGACAGACCACAGCCGAUUUCCUCACCUCCCUGACCAGCCCCUCGGAGCGCCGUGUGCGAGAUGGUUACAAGGAUCUGGUUCCUCGCUCACCUGAUGAGUUUGCGGCCCGCUGGAAGGAGAGUGCCGAACGCAAACAGCUUCUCAAGGAGAUCCAAGACAGUCGGCAGCAGCAUCCUGUCGACCAAGAACGAUUGGACGUUUUCAGUGUCUCGCGUGCUGCGCAGAAAGCGAAGGGUACUCGAGCCCAAUCACCAUACACUCUGUCGUAUUCAAUGCAGAUCAAGCUCUGCCUCUGGCGUGGGUUCCUCCGGCAGAGAGGUGACAUGAGUAUCUCAUUGUCCUCGUUGAUUGGGAACAUUCUCAUGGGGCUGAUUAUUUCCACUGUCUUCAUCAACCUCCCUGCAACCACCGGAAGCUUCUUCCAAAUUGGUGCCUUGAUCUUCUUCGCCGUUCUUCUUGCUGCAUUUUCCAGCGCCUUGGAAAUUCUCACUCAAUGGCACCAGCGUCCUAUUGUGGAGAAGCAUUUCAAAUAUGCUUUCUACCAUCCUUCCGCCGAGGCUAUCAGCUCCUACAUUGUGGAUCUGCCGUUCAAGGUCGCCAUGUCCAUCACGUUCAACACCAUCGUCUACUUCAUUCCUCAUCUUCGUCGAACGGCUGGUCACUAUCUGAUCUUCUUCCUGUUCACGUUCACGACCUCGCUUGUGAUGUCGAACCUGUUCCGCACUAUAGGCGCCAGUUCCCGCUCGAUGGCCCAGGCCAUGGUCCCAUCUUCGAUCUUCAUGAUGAUCCUGGUCAUCUACACUGGUUUCACCAUUCCGGUUAGGGAUAUGCAUCCUUGGUUCAGGUGGCUUAACUAUCUGAACCCUAUUGCGUACACUUUUGAGUCGCUCAUGAUCAAUGAGUUCAGCGGUCGUCGCUUCCCUUGUAGUGACUUUGUCCCUGCCGGUCCACUGUAUGCGGAUGCCCCGUUAAGUGCCAAGAUCUGUUCACAAAAGGGUGCAGUGCCAGGACAGGAUUACGUCGAUGGUGAUGCUUUCAUCAAUACCACAUACCGGUAUUUCAGAGAGCACAUGUGGCGGAACUACGGCAUUUUGUGCGCCUUUUUUGUCGCACUCUUUGUUUCUUACAUCGUUGCGAGCGAGUACAUUCGUGCUCAGCCUACCAAGGGUGAGAUUCUGGUAUUCCGGCGCGGCAAGAUUCCGGCAUUUGUGAAGAAAGCGUCCCGCGAAGAGGAUAUUGAGGACGCCUCCAAAGGCACAAAGCAGGGACUGGCAGACGAAGCUCCCGACUUGACCGUCAAGAGCGCGAAUCUUGCAACGCAGACUGCCAUUUUCCACUGGGAAAAUGUUUGCUACGAUAUCAAAGUCAAGAACGGCACAAGACGAAUCCUAGAUGAGGUCGACGGAUGGGUGAGACCUGGAACUUUGACGGCUUUGAUGGGAGUGACAGGAGCUGGGAAGACAACAUUGCUAGACGUUCUUGCGGAUCGAGUCACCAUGGGUGUCAUCACUGGUGACAUGCUGGUUGACGGACGUCCUCGUGACGGUUCUUUUCAGCGCAAGACGGGCUAUGUACAACAGCAAGAUCUACACCUAGAGACCAGCACUGUACGCGAGGCUUUGAUCUUCAGCGCCCUCCUGCGACAGCCCCAUAGCAUUCCUUACAAGGAAAAAGUCGCAUACGUUGAGGAAGUCAUCCACAUGUUGGAAAUGAGUGAGUAUGCGGAAGCUGUUGUUGGUGUUCUGGGUACGGGACUGAAUGUCGAACAACGAAAGCGACUGACAAUCGGUGUCGAACUUGCCGCCAAACCGGACCUGCUGCUCUUCUUUGACGAACCAACCUCUGGACUUGACAGUCAAACUGCGUGGUCGAUCUGCAGUCUGAUGCGUAAAUUGGCGGACCAUGGUCAAGCUGUGCUGUGCACCAUUCAUCAGCCGUCGGCCAUGCUCAUGCAGCAGUUUGACCGUCUUCUCUUUCUGGCUAAGGGUGGUCGCACCGUCUACUUUGGCGAUCUUGGCACAAACAUGAGUAGCCUGAUCCAAUACUUUGAGAAUAAAGGAUCCGUCAAAUGUCCCGAGAACGCCAACCCGGCAGAAUGGAUGCUUGAGGUCAUCGGUGCCGCUCCUGGUUCGCAUGCAGAUCGUGACUGGGCUGAUGUCUGGAAAGAGAGUCAUGAGCGUGUGCAGGUACGACAAGACCUGGCUAAAAUGAGAAAUGAGCUGUCCAAGAAACCGGCUCCUGAAGCCACGGCUGGCUAUGGCGAGUUCGCCACGCCUAUCUGGUACCAGUUUCUGGUUUGCAUUCGACGCAUGUUCGAGCAGUACUACCGUAGUCCCGGCUAUCUGUACUCGAAGACGGCCAUGUGCGUCAUUCCGCCGCUGUUCAUUGGAUUCACUUUCUGGCGCAUGCCCAACACUCUGCAAGGUCUCCAGAACCAGAUGUUUGCCAUCUUCAUGCUGCUCAUCAUCUUCCCCAAUUUGGUUCAGCAGAUGAUGCCCAGUUUCGUCACGCAACGAUCCUUGUACGAGGUGAGGGAACGGCCCUCCAAGGCAUACUCGUGGAAAGCAUUCAUGCUGGCCAGUGUUCUUGUGGAGCUGCCCUGGAACAUUCUGAUGGCGAUACCGGUCUACUUCUGUUGGUAUUAUCCCAUUGGGCUCUACCGCAACCCCCCACCGGGUGAGAUGGUUGCCCGGGGAGGUACCAUGUUCCUGGUUAUUCUCAUGUUCUUGAUGUUCACGUCGACCUUCAGUUCGAUGAUGAUCGCAGGGAUUGAGUCACCAGAAACUGGAAGUAACAUCGCACAGGUGAUGUUCUCGCUCUGUCUGGUCUUCAAUGGUGUCCUCGCGAGCCCCAGCGCCCUACCACGGUUCUGGAUCUUCAUGUACCGUGUGUCCCCGUUCACCUACCUGGUCUCUGCGGUACUGUCAUCGGGACUGUCUGGGGGUAACGCCAAAUGCUCGAGCAUCGAGCUUUUGAAGGUGGAUCCACCGCAUGGCCAGACUUGCUCCAGCUACCUGGACCCGUAUGUGAGGCUCUACCAGGCCAGUCUGUCGAAUCCCAAUGCUACGUCAGGCUGCGAGAUUUGUCCGAUCCAGUCCAAUGAUACCUUCCUGGCCCAGUUGAGUAUCAGAUUUUCUGACUACUGGCGGAACAUCGGACUUCUCUUCGUCUACGUUGGCUUCAACGUGGUCAUGGCUCUGGUCCUGUACUGGCUUGCUCGGGUGCCGAAGAAGUGGUCGAGAAAACAACGGACGGUCUUCUCCCUUAUCAUCAUCAACAAGGCGGGUGGUCUCAUCUACCAGCGUGAAUACCAAGCGGGUCUGCGCAGCCUGUCUACCAACGACUACCUUGUCCUAGCAGGUACCUUCCAUGGAGUCCACGCAAUCACCCGCUCCAUCACCCCAAAACUACCCCUCGCCCAGACCUCUCCAGCCACCACAACGCCCGGAGGAGGAGGCAGCGCACCCCCUGCCGGCUACAGCUAUCCCAAUCCCGGCAUUGCCGCCUCAGGACUGGAACACCUUGAGACGGAGAAGUUCCGGUUGACAUGCUUCCAGACUUUAACGGGGACUAAGUUCCUGCUCUUCACGGAUCCGAUGACGGGGAAUGUCGAUACGAUCAUGAAUAAGAUUUAUGAGCUGUAUGCCGACUAUGUCAUGAAAAAUCCUUUCUAUCAGCUGGAGAUGCCGGUGCGAUGUGAGGCCUUUGAUCGACAUUUGGGGGCGUGGCUGCGCGGGCGGACGUGA